AGACAGACAACCCGGGGACCUGCGGGGUUAGACAGACACCCCGGGGACCUGCGGGGUUAGACAGACACCCCGGGGACCUGCGGGAGAGGGUUAGACAGACACCCCUGGGACAUGCGGGGGAAGUGUUAGAGACACACCCCGGGGACCUGCGGGGUUAGACAGACACCCCGGGGACAUGCGGGGGAAGUGUUAGAGACACACCCCGGGGACCUGCGGGGUUAGACAGACACCCCGGGGACAUGCGGGGUUAGACAGACACCCCUGGGACAUGCGGGAGAGGGUUAGAGACACACCCCGUGUGGGGAGCAGCCCGGACUGGACUGAGUUACUGGAAUUAAGACUUAUUCUAUGCAUCUGCUCUCCCACAAUAUGGCGCUGGGAGAGAAGUAAACAGCUUCCGCACAGCUGCCUCCAGUUCAACUAAUAAACUGUAGGACUUGCUCCUGAUUGGAGGAGAGCAGCGUACUCGGCGUGUGGGCAGCCGAGUUAGGAUUGGCGGAGGAGGACUAUAAAGGAGGAGAGAGACGGCAUGCACCAGGAACAUCUAAGGGGAACAUCUGAAGGAACACCUGUGCAGCCCCCAAGAGAGCCGGCCGGCGGUGUGCCGCUCCCCCGCGGAAGUGGGGAAUGUGGCAGGGGGAACCGCCCUUCCACGGAGGUGGAAGGGACGGUAGCCAACCCGGGAAGAACCAGCAGCAAACCCGGGGAGGGCUGAGCAGACAGAAGAACAGCGCAGGGUCCUGUGUCGUUCCUCCACGAAGACGGGGAGCGACACCCCGGGGCCUGCGGGGUUAGACACCCCGGGGACCUGCGAGGUUAGACAGACACCCCGGGGACCUGCGGGGGAAGUGUUAGAGACACACCCCGGGGACCUGCGGGGUUAGACAGACACCCUGGGGACAUGCGGGGUUAGACACCCCGGGGACCUGUGGGGGAAGUGUUAUAGACACCCUGGGACAUGCGGGGUGAGCCCUGUGGGGGAGGGUUAGAGACACACUCCUGGGACCUGCGGGGUUAGACACCCCUGGGACAUGCGGGGGAAGUGUUAGAGACACACCCCGGGGACAUGUGGGGUGAGCCCUGCGGGAGAGGGUUAGAGACACACCCCAGGGACAUGCGGGGUUAGACACCCCGGGGACAUGCGGGGUUAGACACCCCUGGGACCUGCGGGAGAGGGUUAGAGACACACCCCGGGGACCUGCGGGGUUAGACACCCCGGGGACCUGCGGGAGAGGGUUAGACAGACACCACUGGGACCUGCAGGAGAGGGUUAGAGACACACCCCGGGGACCUGCGGGAGAGGGUUAGACAGACACCCCGGGGACAUGCGGGGGAAGUGUUAGACACCCCGUGGACCUGCGGGGUUAGACACCCGGGGACCUGCGGGAGAGGGUUAGAGACACACCCCGGGGACCUUCGGGGUUAGACAGACACCCUGGGGACAUGCGGGGGAAGUGUUAGAGACACACCCCGGGGACAUGUGGGGUGAGCCCUGCGGGGGAGGGUUAGAGACACACCCCGGGGACCUGCGGGGUUAGACACCCCGGGAACAUGCGGGGUUAGACAGACACCCCUGGGACCUGCGGGAGAGGGUUAGAGACACACCCCAGGGACCUGCGGGGGAAGUGUUAGAGACACACCCCGGGGACCUGCGGGGUUAGACACCCUGGGUCCUGGGGGGGGGUUAGACACCUGGGACAUGCAGAAUGAGCCCUGCAGGGGAGUUAGACCCCUGGGACAUGUGGGUUGGGGUGGGGUUAGACAUUUCCGUGGGACAUGCGGGUUAGCAUCCUCUGGUCAUUCCCCAAACAGCGCCCACAGGGAUGCAGCCGCUUCGCCUGCUAGCCAGCACUGCCCCUUGAGGCGUUGGCUCAGGUGCCUUGAGGAACACAAGCUUUUCAGACUGUUGCCAUCUCUCCAAGCACUAUUGGCCAUGGUGCCUCUGAGGCUUUUCUCAGCGAGAUCUCGGACCGCGCUGGAAGGCCUGGGGCGCUGCGCUCCGUCCACACAGCCUGGCCGCCAGUCCAGACCGCGCCUCCCUCAGCAGGCGCCUCCCAGGCCCCUCUCCCUCGGCUCUGCGGCCCGCAGCGAGCACCAGCAGCCCCCCAGAAGGAAGCCGCUCUCUGAGAAGAAGUUGAAAAGGCACUUUGUGGACCACCGGCGAGUGCUCGUCCGUGGAGGAAAUGGAGGCUCCGGAGCGAGCUGCUUCCACAGCGAGCCCCGCAAGGAGUUCGGAGGCCCCGACGGCGGGGACGGAGGCAGCGGCGGCCACGUCAUCUUGAGAGUCGACCAGCAGGUCAAGUCCCUGUCGUCGGUGCUGUCACAGUACCAGGGCUUCCACGGGGAAGACGGCGGCAGCAAAAACUGCUCUGGGCGAGGUGGCGCCGUCCUCUAUGUCCGGGUCCCCGUGGGCACCUUGGUGAAGGAGGGCGGUCAAGUUGUGGCGGACCUGUGUCGUCCGGGCGAUGAGUACGUCGCUGCGCUCGGCGGGGCCGGAGGCAAAGGCAACCGUUUCUUCCUGGCCAACGACAACCGCGCCCCGGUGACCUGCACGCCCGGACAGCCGGGUCAGGAGCGAGUUCUCCACCUGGAGCUCCAGACCAUAGCCCACGCUGGGCUGGUUGGGUUCCCCAAUGCUGGAAAGUCCUCGCUCCUCCGCGCCAUCUCAAACGCCAGACCCGCCGUGGCCUCCUACCCGUUCACGACCCUGAACCCCCACGUCGGCAUCGUCCACUACGAGGGCCACCUCCAGAUAGCAGUGGCCGACAUCCCCGGCAUCGUGAGGGGCGCCCACCGCAACAGGGGCCUGGGGCUUGCCUUCCUGAGACACAUCGAGCGCUGCCGCUGCCUCUUGUUCCUGGUCGACCUCUCCCUGCCGGAGCCGUGGACUCAGGUGGAGGACUUACAGCACGAGCUCGACAGGUACAAGGAAGGCCUGUCCCAGCGGCCGCACGCCAUCGUCGCCAACAAGGUGGAUCUCCCCGAGGCCAAAGCCAGGCUGCCCCAGCUGCGGGCCCACCUGGGCCAGGAGGUCAUCGCGCUGUCGGCCGUGACCGGGGAGAACCUGGAGGAGCUGUUGCUGCGCCUGAGGGAGCUGCACGCGGCCUCCGAGGAGGCGGAGCUGGGGCGCGGCCGCCCGCCCCUGGGUGGUGCCCGGGCGGGGGCCGCAGGGCCAGGCUGUUGUGAUCUGGGUCCUGGACUGUGAAAGUGCCUGUAGCUGCGGGAGCCGCUGAUGCUUCUCCAUCUGCCCACCCCCCGGCGUGGGCCCCUCGGGAGGGUGGGGAUUCCCUUGGGUGGUAGAACAUUGCGUGCGGCUGACACCCAGUCUGCUCCCUGCUGUCUGACUUGCCGACAGUGACCGACGUGUGCUAAGUAACACCCCAGUGAGAGGAAGACCCCUGCGCCCGCCCCCACCGCGGGCGAGCUCCGCCGAGCAGCCCAGCCAGAGGCCGGAGCCAGAGCCGCAGCUCCCGCCGCCGCGUCUCGGGUAGCGGCUGGCUGCAGAGGCGGGCCUUUAUUUACUUAUUUAUUUAAAGAUGUAUUAAGUUAUUUGAAAGGCAGAGUUACAGAGCAGGAGAAAGAGA